CUGCCGGGGCCGGCGAGCCAAAGAGGAGCCGGCCGCGCGGGCCGGGAGGCGACGGCGCUGGAGCCGCCUAGGCCAAGUGCCUGACUGGGCCUAGAAAUGGGAUGCCAAGCCUCCAUAACGAGUGCCUCUCUGAGCUGCUGCUGUGACAGCAAGUGAUCAAGCUGCCAGAGAAUGUCCACUACUACAGCAGUUGCCCCCACGGGGAUCCCGGCAGCCCCGGGCCCUGUGAACCCUCCCCCACCCGAGGUCUCCAACCCCAGCAAGCCUGGCCGAAAGACUAACCAACUGCAGUACAUGCAGAAUGUGGUGGUGAAGACACUCUGGAAACAUCAGUUCGCCUGGCCGUUCUACCAGCCUGUGGACGCAAUCAAGUUGAACCUGCCUGAUUAUCAUAAAAUAAUAAAAAACCCAAUGGACAUGGGGACUAUCAAGAAGAGACUAGAAAAUAAUUAUUAUUGGAGUGCCAGUGAGUGUAUGCAGGACUUCAACACCAUGUUUACAAACUGUUAUAUUUAUAACAAGCCCACAGAUGACAUAGUGCUAAUGGCCCAGGCCUUAGAGAAAAUCUUUCUGCAGAAAGUAGCCCAGAUGCCCCAGGAGGAAGUUGAACUAUUGCCCCCUGCUCCAAAGGGCAAAGGCCGGAAACCAGCUGCAGGAGCCCAGAAUGCAGGUACACAACAGGUGGCAGCUGUAUCCUCGGUCUCCCCAGCAACCCCCUUCCAGAAUAUACCCCCAACUGUAUCCCAGACACCUGUCAUUGCUGCCACCCCUGUACCAACCAUCACUGCAAACGUCACAUCGGUUCCCGUCCCCCCAGCUGCUGCACCGCCUCCUCCUGCGACACCCAUUGUCCCUGUGGUCCCUCCCACGCCGCCUGUAGUCAAGAAAAAGGGUGUGAAGCGGAAAGCGGACACAACCACACCUACGACAUCUGCCAUCACUGCCAGCCGGAGCGAGUCUCCCCCUCCACUUUCAGAGCCCAAGCAGGCCAAGGUGGUAGCCCGAAGGGAGAGUGGGGGCCGCCCCAUCAAACCUCCCAAGAAGGACCUGGAAGAUGGUGAGGUCCCACAGCAUGCUGGUAAAAAGGGGAAGUUGUCCGAGCACCUGCGGCACUGUGACAGCAUUCUCCGGGAGAUGCUGUCCAAGAAGCAUGCUGCCUAUGCGUGGCCCUUCUACAAGCCAGUUGAUGCUGAGGCUCUGGAGCUGCAUGACUACCAUGACAUCAUCAAGCAUCCCAUGGACCUCAGCACAGUCAAAAGGAAAAUGGACAGCCGCGAGUACCCAGAUGCACAGGGCUUCGCUGCUGAUAUCCGGUUAAUGUUCUCCAAUUGUUAUAAGUACAACCCUCCAGACCACGAAGUGGUGGCCAUGGCCAGAAAGCUCCAGGAUGUGUUUGAGAUGAGGUUUGCCAAGAUGCCUGAUGAGCCUAUGGAGGCACCUGCACUGCCUGCUCCUACAGCCCCUGUAGUGAGCAAAGGUGCUGAGAGCAGUCGUAGUAGCGAGGAGAGCUCUUCAGACUCAGGCAGCUCAGACUCAGAGGAGGAGCGAGCCACUCGGCUGGCGGAGCUGCAGGAGCAGCUGAAGGCCGUGCAUGAACAGCUGGCCGCCUUGUCUCAGGCCCCAGUGAACAAACCAAAGAAGAAAAAGGAGAAGAAGGAGAAGGAGAAGAAGAAGAAAGACAAGGACAAAGACAAAGAGAAGGAGAAGCACAAGGCCAAGUCCGAGGAGGAGAAGAAGGCCAAGGCCGCCCCACCAGCCAAACAGGCCCAGCAGAAGAAGGCUCCCACCAAGAAGGCCAAUAGCACAACCACAGCCAGCAGACAGCUAAAGAAGGGUGGCAAGCAGGCAUCUGCAUCCUAUGACUCAGAGGAAGAGGAGGAGGGCCUGCCCAUGAGCUAUGAUGAAAAGCGUCAACUCAGCCUGGACAUCAACCGGUUGCCUGGCGAGAAGCUAGGCCGUGUGGUGCACAUCAUCCAGUCCCGGGAGCCCUCGCUCAGGGACUCAAACCCAGAUGAGAUUGAAAUUGACUUUGAGACCCUGAAGCCAACCACACUACGGGAACUGGAGAGAUAUGUCAAGUCUUGUUUACAGAAAAAGCAGAGGAAACCGUUGUCAACAAGUGGGAAGAAGCAGGCAGCCAAAUCGAAAGAGGAGCUAGCUCAGGAGAAGAAAAAGGAGCUGGAGAAGCGGCUACAGGAUGUCAGUGGACAACUGAACAGCAAGAAACCCACUAAGAAAGAGAAGUCCAGCUCAGCGCCCUCGGGAGGCCCAUCAAGGCUCAGCAGUAGCAGCUCCUCUGAGUCUGCGAGCAGCAGCUCCAGUGGGUCCAGCUCCGACAGCAGUGAUUCAGAGUGAACUCGGACUGGAACAGAGCUGGACAGAUGGACGUGGCACACGCCGACUGCAGUGUCCCCUCCUAUGGUUAAUAUACUUUCGUUCCAUGGUGUGCAGGUUUUCUUUUACUUCAGUGUUAUGAUCUCUUCCAGCUGUGCUCCGGUAGGGCGGAGAGCCUCGCACGUGCACCAGACCCCAAGAGAGGGCCGAGCUCUGUGGGAAAUGCCUUUGCAGCUUGGUUUAGUUGUUUGGAGACUGCGGCCUGGGAUGCUAACCUGAUAACCAUAGACACAGUUGGAGGUGUGGCUGGACCUGCCCAAUACCUCUUCAGGCCCAGCCUCGCCCUUAGUAACUUGGAGGAAGCCUUUCAAGGGUUUUGGUCUAGAAUGGGUUCUGUGUUUGAAAGCUGUUAGAACACUAACCAGCAGGUUACUUCUCUCUGCAGGGGCUGAGGACAGGUGUGUCAGCCCACAGAAACCAGGCUGGGCCCCAGUAGAGGGUCCUGGUAGCUGCAGACCAGAGCCUCCCACCUCUGGGUUGGGUGUGGAGGAAGAGGGGUGCUGAGUUCUCUGGCCCUAUGGCUGUGCAGCGUGCAGGUUUCGGGACACCGAAACUUUUACCUCAACUUAAGGGAAUAAAACAAAAAACAAAAAGAUUUAAAAAAAAAAAAAAACAAUAACAAAAAACUUUUUUGUAAGUUCAUCCAUUUUCUACAGAAGUCCAGUCCAGCGUGCCCCACUUUGCUAGCGCUGCCUGGCUGCCGCCACCUCACACUCUGAACCACCUCCCCAGUUUUAUGUAUAUAUAAAUACUUUAUUUAUUAACAUCAUUGGUCAUUUUUAAAAAAAAAAGGAAAAAAAAAGAAGAGAAAAAAACCAUAAAUAAGUGCAUUAAGAGAAGUAGUGGAGAUACAGGCCUCUGGCGACGAGACUGGACCCGUGGUGAGAAGAUUUGGUCCUGUGGCGGCGUGCCCUUCUGGUGCUCAUCACGUCUGGGCUCUCUGGGUUUUUUUGUUUGUUUUGUUUUAGAUGAACUUUGGGGAUUUUACAAAUGUAGACACCCUUCGGCUGCAGCACAUCCUCAUUUUAUGUUGUCUGUUCAGUUCUUUCGUACUAACACCAACGGAGGGAACCUCGGUUCUUCAACACAAGCUUUGUAAGCUGAGAGAAAAACGAUGUGUAUCAGGCCAAGUCCUUGACAUUUAAUUUUCUAUUGUAAAAAGUAAUAAUAUACAGAGUUUAACAGAAAGUUCUGAUCAGUUUGUUGUUGUGGAGGCUGCCAAAUGGUUUUGGAAUUCAGGGUCAGCCUGGAUUAGCUCUGAGCAUUGUGGCCUCAGCCAGGAGCACAUGGGCCAAUCUCCCAGGCCUGUAAGUACCUGCCUCUCCAGCCUGCAGAGGCUCUUCCUGACCUCUCUACUUUUGACAGGGACAAAGGUGAGCCUGAUGAUCGCAGGGGUCCCUGUUCAAGAAUUUCCAAUUAGCCCAGAAAACUGAUUCUCCUGACCCCCACCUGAGAGAGCCAAGUGCAGAGCCUUGUGUUGUAUGGUUUUACUUGUGGUGGGGUCUCUGCAGUUUCUUCUUUGCUUCUAGGCAGAGCCAGGGACCCUUAACAUCCCAGAUGGGAGAAGUUUAAAACUCCUAAAAGUAGUCCCACUAGCCCACUAGUGAAUGUGGGCAGGCAGUGGGCAUCAAGCUCGGGAAGUGGCUGGCUGGCUACCAUGUCUAGACGCCUGGUGAGUUAUCAGUCAGUUUGUUAAACUUGUAAGCCAGUUUUGUUUAUAAUAAAAAUAUAAGUGGAUUUUAAGGUUCCAUUUUUUUAAAGUUACCCUUGUUUUUCAAAGGUAUUUUUUAAACAGAUCUUUAAUAGAAUAUUUAAGCUGUGACUAAGAAAUAAACAUGAGGAAAUUGACAGGCCUUCACAUGGGGUCUCAGUGGUGGCCUACCGUGACAGCCUAGCCAGCAUGCCUGGGCAAGGCACAGUGCCUGGGCUUGCAUAGGGUGCCUCUGUGAGCUGUUAGGCAAGCAGAGUCUGGCUCUGGAGUGGCAUCCCAGCAGCGGGGCAGUGGUGUAGAGCUGGUUACACAGGAUGGAGGGUCUGGCAUUUCCACGACUGUGGUCCCUACUGAGCAGCUUCUGUCAUUGGUGCUUUUAACUUUUUUUUUUUUUAAGCUUUCUGUCUAGACUUAAACUGUUUUGUCUCCAGAGUUUUGGAGGACAUUGGUUCCCACAAUGCCAGGCUGCAGGGUAACUACCAUUCCCUUCUUGUGAGUUACAAAGGCUACAUGGACUUAGAUUGUCCUGUACAGAGGUGGAGGGCAGCUGUCCAUGACUUCCUUGAGGGUUACAUGCAGGGGUGGGGUAGGCACUUGGCAGAGUCUUGGAGGCCCAGGGAUCAGAUCUCCUUAGGCUGUGUAACUUAGCUUGCUUACAGACUGGAGACUUUUUUUCUGUGUUUUUCUUGGUUUUUCCUUUUGCAGCUGUCACACCUUUUACAGUCAUUUGGGAAACAAACCCACUGUUAAAGCUUCGUCAUCCUGUUUAUCAUUGUCUCUGCUGCUGGCAUAACACUUCCAGAAGCUUUUCUUUUUUUAUAUAUAUAUUUAAAAUGUUUCUUUUCUGUAUGAUGUGCAUGCAAGUUUACCGUAACUUUUCUUAAACUUUUUAGUGCCGUUUCUAGUAUAUUCCUGUAAAUGUCAGUUACUGAAAAUGAGUCCAUUGUAAGUAGUUUUAGCUUGUUUUUUGCAAUGCCGGCCUCAACACCACAGAGUUAAAAACGGUAGGAAGUACUCUGGUGUCUCUGGUAAUCAUGAACCUUUCUCCUGGGGUGUUUGUUUUGUUUUCAUAAUAAAAAGAAGUGGGAAAAAGGCUA